AUGACUGGCAAGGAAGUCGAUUACGGUGAAGAACCUCAUAAAGCUUCUCGAGAAGGAUCUCAACUUCUGGGAAGGAGAGUGAAGACUCCAAGAAUGCGGGCUGGCGCUGACAAACGAAGGUUCUCUCAAAUCUUCAAGGUUAACUUACCACCGGUUAUUGAUGACAGACUUACUGAAAUCUAUCACCAAGUCACCGACCUUUCCCCACUACCACCAGAUUUCGAUUACAGACAUAUGUUCACAUCAUACGUAUGGCGAGCUAUUUUCUUAACAAGUUUCACACUUGGAAUUCGAUUCGGAAACAUUGAAUUAAUUAGUGGAUCAUUUCUGGGAUUAUUUGGAAGUUUCAUAGUAUUUAUCGUUGCUUACAUACUCGUUCCAGUCGGUUUAUUAUAUGCGGACCAUAAAGCUGAACAGAAAGGCAUUAACCUAGAUGAAAGAAGAAUCACAUUAAUUGGAGUCUCUGCCCUUUUGGGAGUGUUGGGAAGCGCUAUGAAUCAGCACUAUGUGAUUCCCGCAGACAAAAGAGCUCCCGCAUACUUUCUACCAGGGCUGAUUGGCCUACAUGUUCAGGUGGUCGGACCCCAUUUUGCCAAGGACCGCAUCAAGUUCGUUGCGGUUUCUGUCGGUAGCGCUUACAUCGUCGGUAUCGUGCUUACGUCGAUGGCUGGGAACUUAACCUUCGGGCAACUUUGUGGUCUGACCGUAUCAGCUAUUUGUGCCGCUAUCAACCUACAGAUCAUCGUUGCAGCCAUCAUUAAC